AUGGCCCUAUGUUCGCACACUGUCUGGUGUCGCGCUUGCAACUUAAUUCUCAACACAUCGCGACAUUGUUUUCUCAACACCAACAUGAUAAAACUCGAGGAAAGCGACUCGCCGGCGAUCCCUGGCCCGGUUUUGGAACGCGAAGAAGCACAGGAACUCCGGUUGAUGGUUGCAGAUUUGUUGGGACGCAAAAAUGCCUCGUUUCCAGGAUCUCAACCGGUGUCGUUCGAAAGGUACCAUUUGAAAGAAACGCUAAUGAGAAAAGAUUAUUUUGUUUGUGAGAAGUCCGAUGGGCUCCGGUGCCUACUCUUCAUAAUCAACCAUCCUGAGCGAGGAGAAGGGGUGUUUUUGAUCACCAGAGAAAACGACUAUUACUAUAUACCCAAGAUUCAUUUCCCUCUCAACAACGAGGAGCAUGGCAAGUCUUUCCACCAUGGAACAUUGUUGGACGGCGAGUUGGUGAUGGAAACAAAAAACGUCUCGGAACCAUUUUUGCGCUACUGUAUUUUUGAUGCCUUGGCUAUCAAUGGAAAGGACAUUACCAAGAGAACAUUAUCCACCCGACUCGGCUACAUUACCGAGCAUGUUAUGAAGCCAUUCGACAACUUCAAGCUCAAAAACCCCGACCUAGUGAAUGCUCCCGAUUUUCCCUUCAAAGUGAGUUUCAAACUCAUGACUUCGUCAUACCAUGCCGAUGAGGUAUUGGCUAAAAAAGAGCAAUUGUUCCAUGAGUCCGAUGGGCUCAUCUUCACGUGUGCGGAAACACCGUAUGUUUUCGGCACCGAUCAGACCCUCCUUAAGUGGAAACCGGCGGAAGAAAAUACCGUUGAUUAUAAGAUGGAAUUAGUCUUCAACAAGUACCAAGACCCCGAUAUGGACCCUCGAGACCCCGAUUCCACGUAUACUGACUACGACAGCAAGCCCGAUACGAUACUACUCAAGGUUUGGAAAGGAGGACGAGAGUACGAAGACUUUGCCAAACUCCAACUCGACGACGAAGAUUGGGAACGAUUAAAACAACUCAACCAGCCUCUCCAGGGCAGAAUUGUCGAGUGUCGCCGGUUGAAGGAGCCAGCAGGGGUGUGGGAGAUGCUUCGGUUCAGAAACGACAAGAGCAACGGGAACCAUUUCUCGGUGGUAGAGAAGGUUAUACAUAGUAUUCAAGAUGGAGUGUCAGAACAGGAGCUCAUCAAGGCAUGCCCAGAAAUUUCAAAUGCAUGGAAAACACGGGCCAGGGAUCGUGCGCAGCAGGCCAAAAAACCACCAGCAGGCCUGGGACAUGUGAAACGUGAACAUGAACAUCAGCCGUCGCAGCCAUCGAAACGUCCCAAAGUUGGUGAACGACCAAUUGAAAACGAACAAGAAAACGACAACGACCAGCAACGAGAUCAUCUUCCGGACAUUCCAACCUACGAAGAUAGCGACGAGGACUAG